ACCACCAUCCCCACCCUAUCCACCUCCACCUCCACCUCCACCUCCACCCUAUCCCAGAGACUCCAUCAUCACUUGGUAGCUUACUUAACAAUACCUUCACGAGGCUUGUGGGCCCUGCCCACUCAAGCCGAGUGCUAUAAAUUCUCUUAAAAAAUUAUGGUUCAUGAGCGAGCUUUGUUCCAAUUCAAUUCAAUAAAUGGAAGAUCAUCAGUGAUGUUUGGCUGGAAAUGCUCCUCGAUCGACGUUGCAUCUCAAUGAAAAGGAAAGGAGCAUGCACAGCAAUUGAGACGAGCUAGGUGGAGAGUUUCUUACUCAUGUUUGGCUUCUCAUGGUACAUCUGGGUCUUACUUGAUAGAUAGAGUUGUGAUCCAUGAGUUAAUAAUUAUUGGUGUGAGAUUCCAAGUAUGUUAAAUGUGUUCAAAAGUCAUCAUAACUCCUGUGUCUUAGUGCUUUUCUGGAGUCAGCUUUGGCAGCUAUGGAAAUGCUGACUUUGUAUCCAAAUCAUGUUGAUGUCUUCUCCAUAUUUACAAAUACUAAAUCAAGGUCUUGGGGACAUGUGGUUGUUGGAAUUUUGGAUCUUGGAGUUUGUACGUAAUUGGCUCUUAAACACGUACAUGCUGGUAAUACAAGAGAAUAUAUAUAUAUAUAUAUAUAUAUACGGAUUAAAAUAGAAAGUUGGAACCUUCAUAAGACUUUUCAAAGUAAUUACUGCUACUAGUCUAGACUUGGAAGACCAAGACUCUUCGAAGAGCUGUGACAACGGCUGCUGGAGCAUCAACCACUUCGAUCGCCGAUCCACGAGUUUCAGAUUUGACUUUUAAUCUAACAGAAAGCAAUGAAAUUGGUGAAGAUCUAAGGAACUACUACUAGUCUAGACUUGGACGACCAAGAAUCUUGAAGAGCAGUGACGGACGGCUGCUGGAGCAUCUUCGACCCCCGACCAACGAGUGUCAGAUUUAACUGGGAAGGAGAAGGAGAAGAGGACAGCAGACAAUGGGGGUUUAUUCUCAAUCGUUGAGGAAACUGUGGAAGGAGUGGAACGUGCGAACAGUUGUUUUAAUAAGCCUUACAUUUCAAGUAGUUCUGGUAUGUUUUGGGAGUCGUAGAAAGUAUAAUCGUAAGCUAUGGGUCAGAAUUGUGGUUUGGUGUGCAUACUUAGCAGCAGACUCUUUGGCAACUCUUGCUUUGGGUGCAAUCUCAAGCGAACUGCUAGAAACUUAUGACAGUUCUGGCAAAGUGAAUCCGGAUGUUGAGCUACAUGCAUUCUGGGCACCAUUUCUGUUGCUGCACUUGGGUGGCCCUGAUACCAUUACUGCCUAUGCUUUGGAAGACAAUGAGUUGUGGUUGAGGCACCUUCUUGGACUGCUUUUCCAGACAGGAGUCACAGUUUUUGUCUGCGUCCUAGCAUGGACAGGGUCUCGUCUUUCAGUUCUAGCCAUUCUGAUGAUUUUGGUUGGAUUUUUUAAGUAUGGGGAAAGAACAUGGGUACUUUGGUGUUCCAGUAGCGAGCAGCUGGAGAACUUCUGGUCAUUCAAAGUACAUAGGAGAUUGCUUGAUGUUAAUGAUGUUUCUCUUGUUGAGGAGGCUAUAGUUUCUCAAGAAGGUACAACAUUUUUGGCUUCCUUGUUGAUUCCGUUUGACAUGCCUAGAAUAUUAAAUGUAGGACGUGGUAGUUUCGAAUUGGACGACGUACUAGAAGCACCAGCUGAAAUGAUUAGCAAACUAAUUGAAGAAGAACUUGGGUUCAUGUACGAUUUGCUUUACACCAAGGCGAUGGUGGUGUAUACUCCGUGCAGCUUAGCCAUGCGGUUAAUCGGUUUCUUUCUAACUUGCACAGUACUUGUUCUCUUCUCUAUUGGAUUAACUCAAAAGAAUAGUUACUCCAAGGUUGAUCUUGCAAUAACUCUUGUACUGCUAGUUGGAGCUAUUACAAUAGAUCUAUAUGCUGCAUUUGCGCUAUUCUCCUCGAAUUGGAUUACAGCUUUAUUGUAUAUGUAUGGACUGACCCAGAGGAACUCUUGCUACAAAAUCAUUGUUUAUUGCCAAAAGUACUUGAACAAAAGUCCAUCGUGGUCUAACUCAAUUUCUCAAUUCAGUCUGUUACGCUUCUGCUUUGGAGAAAAGCAUGUCAGAUUUGAUUGUGUCCUGAAGCACUUCCCUAGAGUUCAUGGGAAACUGAAGAGACAAAAGCCUAUAACUUACACAAAAGUUACUGAUACUUUGAAGGAACAUAUUAUCCGUAAAGUGCAGCAGAAACAUAACGAAGCUCGAUCUUCUGAAGGUGACAUAUUGCAACUAUUAAUGCAAGUAAAUGUAGACGGUGCACUACAGGAGAACAGUUGUAGUGAAGAACUCAAUCCAUACAAAGGGAGACAGAUCUGGGAGAAUAUCAUUGUCUGGCACAUUGCUACUGAACUUUGCUACUACUUGGAAGAUGCAGAAGCAGCAGCAAACGUUCAACCAAAGCAGCGUGAAAUCAGUCUUCACAUUUCGCAAUAUAUGUUGUCUCUAAUGGUCGUACAUCCCUCCAUGUUGUCCUUAGUAAAUGUGGCUAAGGAUUCAUCAAUGUUAUUUUUUCAGAUAGCCGUCAAAAAAUAUGAAGAAAUGUCUAAAGCCAUUUCACUACCGAUUAGAAAAUCAGACGAUUUCCGUAAAGUUUACAAAGAAUUGCGAUUACACCACCAACCUACAGGAAAUGUCGCUGAUUGCUUUGGAAGUGGAGGAGAAUAUCAUAUUCCUGCAGCGGUUUGGCUUUCAUUAAAAUUGGACGAGAUUUCAGACAAGGAAAUGUCGUUUUAUUUAUUUGUGGGUACACAGAAAUGGAAGAUGAUCAGUGAUGUUUGGCUGGAAAUGCUCCUCCACGUUGCAUUACGAUCGAAAGGAAAUGAUCAUGCACACCAAUUGAGACGAGGUGGAGAGCUUCUUACCCAUGUUUGGCUUCUCACGGUAUAUGCGGAUUGUGGUCCAUCCAUGUUUUGGCUCAUCAGAAUGUAGGAAACUAAAUGGGGAUUAAGCCUCCAUUAAGGGAUGAGAUAUCAAACAAGGAAAUGGUAAAUAGUAAUAUUUCCUAGCCUCUUUCUUUCUUUUCCCCAUUAUUUGCUUGUCUACAUACAUAUUGGAUGCUCACAUCAAUAAACUAUU